AAAAUAUUCGCACUGUUCGGAUAGAAAAUGUAUAUAUCGACACUGUAUUACAGCGAUAAAUGUAAAAGCCGAACCACAUGAAAUUACGUCGAAGAAUUACUUUAGUCUCGUGUAUAAUAAAACGUUCUGUAUACUUUUUAACAAAUCGAGAUGUCGGAAUCUUGCACGCUCGCCGAGAUGACCGCAUAGGGACCUUGUCGUUGCGAACGUUAGACAAUCUGUUAAUACUAUACAAGAGGUCAGUGCACGUCACGUAGUUAUUAUUCGGAGUUGAGGAUUUUGUUGAAAAAUCUAUCGGUCCCGAAGUGUUAGUAGGGUUCUAAGAAAGGGUUCCUGAGACUCUCUCGCGGGAAGACAAUUACGCGGAAAAGCACGCGGAGGUCUCAGGUAUUUCGCGGGAUCACGAACUCUGCGACCGCCUCGUACGAAACGAAGUGUCCCCGCAUACUCGAGUGGUAUAAGGCUGUUGUAUGUAACCGUGGUGCUGCGUUCGAAGGAAAAAGAAAACAGCUCGUUUUAUUAAGGGACAGCCGUCCGUUCGGCGUCUGUGAAGAGCGGACAGAGUGUGUGACAGGUUAUGUCAACUGGAUUGGCAGGUGCUGUAUCAAAUCAGCGGAUGAAAGGACAAACCAACAGUCAAGUGAGCAAUGGACCUAAAGAACACCAGCAACAGCCACAGACAGAACAUGCUGGUGGAGAAGAUACCGGAUUUGACUCAUGGAGAGGAGGCAACAGCACGCAUCAUUCAAGCUAUCCGAUUGGAACCGGCGAUCCGUAUAGCCCUUACUACGCAGGCACCUCAUUCCCUUAUCAAACGUUCGGCGCUGGGGACGGUACUUGGUCAAAUGGGACAGAUCCCGUUGCGUUCCUCUCUGGCUAUGGAGGUCAAAUAAGCCACGAUGCGUACGGUAUGGACGGAAUGUUCUCUGCCAGUGCAGGAGGCGGUUUUAGCACAUUUGGCCAGCCUCCCUUCAAUUAUUUUCAUGGAAACGGUGAUUUCAGUGCCUGGGGCACUCCGAGAAAGACCCGUUACGAGGAUUAUUACCAGGCUCCGCGCGGAAAUGAAAAUUAUCCAACACCUAGUAAUACAGAGAUUAAGACUAUUGAACAGAGUGUGCAAGGCUUGUCACUGGGAAGUGGAGAGGUUCCGCGUCAAGACCAACAGGCAUCGUCAAAUCAGCCGAUAAAACCGGAGGCGAAGGAACCUAGGAAGAUAACAUGGGCCAGUGUCGCAAGCCAGCCUGCAAAGCCGGUACCUCCGCUCUCGUCGUCUCAGGGGAUGAAGAAAAAGGCGGGUAUGCCACCGCCACCGAUCGUGCCAGGGAAGCAUAAUAUGGACAUUGGGACAUGGGGCGAAGGCAAAUCUUCUGCGCCUCCUCCGACAGCUCCUCCGCCGCUACAAGUACAGCCACCUGUUCCACCGCCUCCACCAUUAGCUCAAAGACAGAGACCUCCUCCUCCACCACCGUGUUGGAACAGGCAGCCUACGACACCUCCGUCACCUCCACAGUCACAGAUUCAUAUGCAUCCACAACAACAACAGCAGCAGCAUCAUCAGCAGCAUCAACAUCAACAACACCAACAGCAGCAGCAGCAGUCACACCAUCAACAACAACAACACCAGCAGCAGCAGCAGCAGCAGCAACAGCAGCAGCAGCAACAGCAACAGCAGCAGCAGCAGCAGCAACAGCAGCAGCAGCAGCAGUUGCAGUCGCAACAGCAACAAAUAACGCAAUCACAGUCGCAUCCUGUUUUAGACGAGCUAAAAGUGAAAAAUGAUUAUAACCCUGUAGAAUUCGAUGAGACAGCGCCCGGGGCUAGGUUUUUUGUAAUCAAGUCCUAUUCCGAAGAUGAUAUUCAUAGAUCUAUAAAGUACGAGAUCUGGUGUAGCACGGAACAUGGUAACAAGAGAUUGGAUCAGGCGUACAGAGAAGCCAAUCGCGAAGGCGCGCCUUUAUACUUGUUCUUCUCCGUGAACGGAUCUGGCCAUUUCUGCGGCAUGGCUCAAAUGGUAUCACCUGUUGACUACAAGAGCAACAGUUCGGUAUGGUCGCAGGACAAAUGGAAGGGCCAGUUUCGUGUACGUUGGAUCUACGUUAAAGACGUUCCAAACGUUCAACUUCGUCACAUUAGAUUAGAGAACAAUGAGAAUAAACCAGUGACUAAUUCGAGAGAUGCCCAGGAGGUACCGCACGCGAAAGGUGUGUUAGUGUUGCGUAUAUUACAUACGUACCGGCAUUCGACCAGCAUCUUCGACGAUUUCGGACAUUACGAGCUUAAGCAGGCGGAAGACGAUCAGCGCAAAGCGCCGCCGAGUGCUAUACAACAUCAUCACUCUUCCAAUCAUAGAAACAGAGGACAUUCAGAUUUCUCAAGGGAGCAUCACCCGCAUCAACCGCAUCAACCGCAUUUACAUCAUCAACGCAAAGAUCGGGAUGGUGGUCGCGUGAGAGGCAGAGGUGGUUCACGCCAGUAGCGGUGGAUGCAACAAGAAUCUAAUACUAUUCAUAAUAGUAAUCAACGUAAAGGAAGCACGCUACGACUAAUUAUCGUCUUACUACUUACCUUUGCUUUCUUGGAUACACAAAGGGCUUCUAAUUACUGUGAAGAAACUCUCAUUACUGAGACUAUCUCCUUCUGUUAAAUAAUCAACUUGUAUGAUAAUUAGCGUCGUCGCGUCGUCAUCAUGAGAAUCUUAUCUAAUCGCAAACUAUUACGAAGAGGAUCGUAAUUCUAUUUCCAAGGAAUAUCGGGUAAAUAACUUGCUGACGGUUGUAAUGCGUAUAGUGUGGUGUUGCGUGCUAUUCAUCGAAAGGUGUUUCUUAAAACGUACAAAUUAAAGAAGAAAAAAAGCGACAGAGAAAAAAAAGAGAUAUGGAACAGAAGAAAAAACUGUAAUAUGUGGACUAACCCUUGUAAAAUGUGCUUAAACUUUUGUUGAUAAUGAAAAAAAAGAUCUAUACGAGAACAAUAUUAUAAGCAAGUGUCAUUUAAAUCAAUUACCAUUUUAAACUUCGAUGGACAUGUAACCUGGUGCCUGUGGCUGAAAGGACUCACCACCUUUCUUUGUUAUAAAGGUGCAAGGGCUUAUUACAACGUUUUAAGUUUAAUUUGUAACAAUUAUGCUUGAUCAUUGGAUAAUAAUAGAAAUUAUUGUCAACUGAUUA